GUUAAAUAUUGAACAAUUAUAAGAACAUAGAGACUGCUCGCAAGAAAAAAAAAUGUCUUCGAAAGUAUUUAGUUCACUGAUGGCCGAGAGCUUAUUGCUCUCGAAAGCUGCUCAAGUUGUUUCGGGCUAUUCGCCUGUUACAAUUUUUCUUUUGGCUGCCAUCACAAUUUUCUUUGUGGUCUACAACAAAAGGCGCGCGCGUUUGGUGAAAUACAUUGAAAAGAUUCCAGGACCUGCUGCUCUGCCAUUUUUGGGAAAUGCCAUCGAAAUGAAUGUGGAUCACGAUGAGCUCUUCAAUCGUGUGAUGGGCAUGCAAAAACUGUGGGGCACGCGUAUCGGCAUCAAUCGUGUGUGGCAGGGAACCGCGCCUCGCGUGCUUCUCUUCGAGCCGGAGACAGUUGAGCCCAUACUGAAUAGUCAAAAGUAUGUGAACAAGAGUCAUGACUAUGAUUAUCUGCAUCCCUGGCUGGGCACAGGGCUGCUCACCAGCACCGAUCGCAAAUGGCAUUCGCGCAGAAAGAUUCUGACGCCCGCAUUCCAUUUCAAAAUCUUGGAUGAUUUUAUUGAUGUUUUUAAUGAGCAGAGCGCAGUGUUGGCUCGCAAAUUGGCCGUCGAGUUGGGUAGCGAGGCAUUCAAUCUGUUCCCCUACGUCACACUCUGUACUUUGGACAUCAUUUGCGAAACUGCCAUGGGUCGCAAAAUCUAUGCACAGAGCAACAGUGAAUCGGAGUACGUGAAGGCGGUUUACGGCAUUGGCUCCAUUGUGCAGAGUCGUCAGGCAAAGAUCUGGCUGCAGAACGAUUUCCUUUUCCGCCUGACCGAAGACUACAAGACACAUCAGAGUUACAUUAACACGCUCCAUGGCUUCUCCAAUAUGGUGAUACGUGAGCGCAAGAGCGAAGUGGCCAAUAAUAAUAACAACAAUAACAACAACAAUAUGCCCGAUGCCUACGAUGAUCUGGGCAAAAAGAAGCGUCUGGCAUUCCUCGACCUGCUCAUCGAUGCCUCCAAAGAGGGCACAGUGCUAUCGAAUGAGGAUAUUCGUGAAGAGGUUGACACGUUUAUGUUUGAGGGUCACGACACCACUUCGGCAGCUAUUUCCUGGACCUUGUUCUUGCUCGGCGAGUAUCCGGAGUAUCAAGAGCGUGUUGUCGAGGAACUGGAAUCCAUAUUUGGUGAUGAUAAGGAGACGCCAGCCACCAUGAAGAAUCUGAUGGAUAUGCGUUAUUUGGAGUGCUGCAUCAAGGAUGCGCUCCGCCUGUUUCCCAGUGUGCCAAUGUGGGCUCGCAUGGUUGGCGAGGAUGUCAAAAUUGGUGACAAAAUUGUGCCCGCCGGCACUCAGGCUAUCAUCAUGACCUACGCUCUUCAUCGCAAUCCACGCAUCUUCCCCAAGCCCGAGCAAUUCAAUCCCGAUAAUUUCUUGCCCGAGAACUGUGCUGGACGUCAUCCCUUUGCCUACAUUCCGUUCUCUGCCGGACCACGUAAUUGUAUUGGUCAGAAGUUUGCCAUCUUGGAGGAGAAGGCUGUCAUCUCCACGGUGCUGCGUAAAUACAAAAUUGAGGCUGUCGACCGUCGUGAGGAUCUGACCUUGUUGGGUGAACUUAUCUUGCGUCCCAAGGAUGGUCUCAGAGUCAAGAUCACGCCACGUAAUUGAGCUGCUGUCUAGCGACUUGAGCUAAAGUCGUUCCAAAGUAUUUAAUUUGUAAAUAAUUAAUUGUAGUCGUAGUCUUUAAGUCUGUACAUUUAUAUGCUAAAUUAGCAAAUAACACUUUGACCUCUGUGCAAUACAUAUUCGUGGUACCUUUAAGCAUUCAACUCAGUGACUUGUCCUUCAUCCAUUAUUGGGAAUAUUCAAGCGUCUUUUUAUUCAAAUAUCGAAAAUCAUUGCAGCUAUACCUUAAGUUGACUUUAAGUUGAAAUACAUGUUUUCUU